GUCGUACCCUGGGAGAAAAUGGAAAUACACUGGGAGGGAUUGUUUUUUUUUCCUGUAUGCAGCACGGAAAACUCCGUCCCAGCGACAGAUAUCGGACUUUGAUAUCCACACAUAACACCGUACACCCACCCCCCACCCAGACAAAAAGCCCGACCCACCCGAAGAACCACGGGCUUUCCGCGCCUUUGUUACGCAAAAUCUUACACAAAGAUACACUUUGCUGAACCACGGAUAGUCAGAUCUGGCUUUCCCGGCGGCAUGUCGGGGAUGGCUUGAGGGGAGAAAGAAUUAUUAUAUCCGUGUCAACUGUGUCGAUUACUGCGGUUUUGAGUGGACGACAAGUUCAGCGACUGCAGGAUAGCACCUUGUUGGAUCAGGGGUGUCCUUGUCAGAUUAUAUUAUUAUAAGCAGC